UUAUGGAGUUGCAUGUGUGUCGCGUAUUUGAAUGAAGACUCGAACAUAGAUGUAAACUUUAAAAUUUCACUGCGAUUUUUGUUUGGAAACAAAUCAAAGGGAUUAAAUGUGGUACUGGAAGAAGAUUUAUUGAAAUUCUAACGUCCUGUUCAAGCGUUGAACCAGCCGAAGAGGAAUAAUAAUUGAGUUUAUAAACGAUACAAGUUCGGACGAGUUACAUUGGUUCGCUUUUGUGUGCUGUUUACGGGAAUUGUUGUCUAGAACGGUGCUUUCUUGGGGAAUUUUAAACGUCUUUAACCGCUGUGAGUGAGGGCUUGAACCGAUAUCUGGCAUGAGAUAACACCCAAGAUCUCCUCACGAUGUGGGAUCAGAAUCAUAAAUCACUCACUGACAUGCUCGAUCCAGGCGUCAACCAGUUCCCUGGUGGACCGAACCUCAUGAACGAUUUUCUACCCAAGACUGAAUUAGACUCGGAUCCCGCGAUGGGCAUGUACCCCGGGGGACCAAUGUCGGGUCCGGGGCCUGGCCCCAAUAUGGCUCCAAACAUGGGUGGUCCCAAUCUCGGAGUACCAAAUGUACCCGGACCUAACAGCAUGAACAUGGGGCAACAGCUGUCGCAGCAUAAUGCAGGGAUGCCCCUCAGCAUGGAACGACACAUCCAACAAACCAACGAACGUCUGCUGUGUAUAAAACAGCACCUGUCAACACCCCAGGGCUUCCAGAACGCUGCGCGAGAACUGCUGGAAUGGUGUAGCGACGUCAGGGCAUUCCAGGCGCCAUUCGAAGGAAACCUCAUGGGAUGCCUAACGGUUGUUAGUCGUGUUGCUGCAACGCCUGGCUUUGAUCUUCAUCUUGGGUAUCGUCUGUUGGCUGUUUGUGCUGCUCAUAAAGAGAAGUUUUCGCCCAAGUCCAUGAAUUUGCUGGCGAUGUGGAGCGAAGAGCUGAGUCGUUUCUUACUGCUGAAGCAUCCUCAAACACCUAAACAGAGCCACAAGAAGCCAGCUAAUGUCGAUCAAAAUCAGCUCAUGUGGCCUAUGCAGCAGCCCCAACAGCCCCAACCUUCCGUUUCGGUGGUGACCACAGUAUGGGGCGUAGCGUCAACAACCAGUCAAGCUCAGUUGCCUACAGAUAACAUGUUACCAUCGAUACCAACAUCCAACACUGGGAAUGUCAUGAACCAGCAAGGUUAUGGAAACCCGGGAAUGAUGAAUGCAGGAAAUAAACCAUACCAACAGUCAGGUUUUCCAGGCAACCAGUUCCCACAAAGAAGGAUGGCAGGAGAUGCGUCCCGCAACACAGGGGGUUACCCCACGACACCGACCACUCCACAGAAUGGUCCACAGACAAACCCUUUCCACUACCCUCAUUCUGGCCCGCCCAAUGCGACGCCUUUUCCCACCACCCCUGCCCAAGUCCCGACCCAACCUCAGAACAACCAGUAUACGGGGAGCGGACCUGCGGCAGCGGCGGCCGCCGCGGCAGUUGCAGCGGCUGCAGCUACAGCGACUGCCACCGCGACGGCGACUGCAACAGCUUCUUUACAAGAUCAUGAUGUCGACGGCGGGUUUGGAUUUGAACAACAACCCCCCACACAAUUCCAGGCCCAUGCUCAGACUCCGGCCAAUCAUCCUCAACAGCCCCCACCGCCCUACUCCAAGAAUCCGUAUCCUCAACAACAGUACGGCAACAAACCCCAGUACCCGGGGCCUUACCAAGGCAAUCCCAAUCCAAAUCAGAUGCCCAACCCCGGCAUGAAAUCCCCGAUGAUGAAUAACAGGCAGUUCAUCCAGCAAUUUAUGAGACCUCAACAGCAGCCUAACCCAAAUAUGGCGGCGAACAUGGCGAAUAUGCUUGGAGCCGGUGGAUUCAAUAAACAACCUCGCUUUCAAAAUCAGGCUCAAAUGGGCAUGCAAAAGAAUGCGUUUAAGGACAUGAAGCCACCCCCCAGUUAUCCCAACGUGUCCAACUACCCUCCUGGUUUUCCUCAGAACUCGAACUUCCCAAAUCCGGCCGGCCCCAGGGGCAACUUCAUAAAUACGCAGUUCCGGCCGGGUGAUAUGCCCCCUAAGACCGGCGUCCAACAACAAGCUAUGGGCCCGAACAAUAUGAGAUAUCCGACGCCCGCAGGCAAUACCUUACCGGGCAGCGGUUUGAUGUCGCCGAGUCCGUCGAAUCAAGGGGGAAUGGUACAGAGCAAUGUUGGAGGUGGAUUGCCGCCUGGGGGCGGAUUGCCGCCUUUUCCAGAUCCGCCGGAUGUAAAACCGCGAAUACCACCACAAAAUGACAACGAUCAACUUCGGCUAACAUUCCCGGUCCGUGACGGAAUAAUGCUGCCGCCGUUCCGUCUUGAACACAAUCUUGCUGUUAGUAAUCACGUCUUUCAUCUUCGCGAGUCUGUUCAUCAUACCUUACUAUGGAGGUCUGAUCUGGAACUUCAGUUCAAAUGUUAUCAUCACGAAGAAAAACAACAGCAUACCAAUUGGCCAGCGUCCGUCUCUGUCAGUGUCAAUGCUACACCGCUUACGAUUGAAAGGGGUGAUAACAAAACCUCUCAUAAGCCACUGCAUCUGAAGAAUGUUUGUCGACCUGGUCGAAAUACAAUACAAAUCACAGUCACCGCCUGUUGCUGUUCUCAUUUGUUUGUCCUACAACUGGUUCAUCGCCCAUCAGUGAAGUCGAUACUUGAUGGUCUUUUAACGAAGCGGCUUCUACCAGCUGCUCAUUGUAUUACGAAAAUAAAACGACAUUUUGCUUCGCCGCAAAAUCUCGGCGUCAAUGAUGACGGGGUCGAACAAACUGCGAUAAAAGUCUCGUUGAAAUGUCCGAUCACUCAACGUAGAAUUUCGUUGCCUGCCCGAGGACACGAUUGCAGGCAUAUACAGUGCUUUGAUCUGGAAUCAUACCUGAAACUAAACGCGGAACGAGGCAGCUGGAAGUGUCCAGUGUGCAACAAAACAGCGGUGUUGGAGUUACUGGAAGUUGAUCAAUACAUGUGGGGGAUCUUAACCUCUUUAACAAAAUCUGAAAGACAAUCAGGACAAAUUUCUGGUACGGAGGAAAUUACCAUCGAUCCGAAUAGUCAAUGGUACCCAGUGCCUGUGAAACUCGAUAUUAAGGAAGAAGGAAACCCCUCUAAACGGCAAAAGACAUGUGAAAACCCUGGUUCUAUAAACAGCCCGCCUAUGAACAGAGGCGGAGCCUUUCCCGCACUGCCUGCCCCAGUCUCCAUGUCGUCUGGACCUCCGGCGGACACAAUAAAAAAUUCCAAUCCGUCGCCGAUGCUUGGCCGUAGUAAUAGCUCUGGAAAUAUCAGUAAUCAAGGAGACAAACCAGCUAUGAGUCCUGCAGCGCACAUUGGUCAAGUACCUACCCCAAUUCCAAUGGUAUCAAGUCCCCACACACCACAGCCUGUGAUCUCUACAGCAAAUACUACUAGCACUAACCCAAACACACCUGUAUCAACCGUGACGGCUGGACCUAAUACGCCCACCCCCGCCGUAGCGAGUCCAGCAGCUUGUCUGGAUGGCAGUACUCUGCCAGGUGAUGCUGUCAAAAAGGAGGAUGUAACGUCAGAUUAUAAUGCACUUAUUGAACAGUCUCAGGAUGGGACGGGCGAUCCUUCAGAAGAGGGGCUGCCAGGAAAUCUCGAUCCGUCAGACUUCCUCCCGUACCUGGAGACGUCAGAUCUCAGUGACGACCUUCUCUCAAUGUUUGAAUAAACAUUCGCAACAAAACACGGUAUCGAAUAUCGUAUCUUCUCAUUCUCGUGGCCUGAAUUGCUCUCCUUUCAAUAUUUUUAAUUGAUUCUUCGAUCAUUUUGGGGUUUUAUAUAUACAUAUAAAAAACACGUUUUAACUAGGUUAGCACUGGCAUGGGGCUGGUGAAGUGUCAUGGGGCUGCGGUGAACUCGCAGUUGUCAGAGCGAGAUAUUAGCAUUCCAUUCUCACUCUGAUAAUAGGCAGGUUUAGCACAAGGACGUGAACGUCAAAGAGGACGUGAAAAUCGCGAAUGAAUUGUGUAGCAUGUCCAUAUAUGGCGCAUCAUGACAGGUAUUCGCCAUUUUCACGUCCUCGUGCUAAAUCUACCUAAUAGCAGGUUGAUCACCCAACGGCAGAUCUCACUGUUGGAGUUCACAAAGAGUGACCUCUGAAGUUCAGCCUCUACUUUCAUCGUCUGCCUUAGAGUGAAAGAUAUCUAUUAGGGAUAUUUGGGAGAGAUGUCUUUCCAGCUCUCUAAGAAAUCGCAGUCUGUACGCGAUUCAGCCUCACAAACCCCGCGGUACAAAUGGGCAAUUUCUAAGAUCAGUUGUACAAAGCCUGGUUAGUGCUAGCUCUUGAAUAAAAAUUUUGCCGCUGUUUUGGUUUAUGUUGACUACAUUCCGGGGUUAGGCUAACCGGGUUUUGAACAGCCUACGCCCUUCGAGGGUUUAACAGCGUACAUUCUACGGUUUACGAUUGAACGGGCAGCAUAUUCCAGGCCACGUUUGCUAGAUGUAAUGUAAAUAUUUUCCUUGUCAAAGCAAGGGUCAUUGUUCUACGCGCCUCCUGGCAAGACAUAUCGUAGUAUAAAUGUUUUAUUAUAUAGACAAAAGUUUAAGUUAUUUUUAGGGGGUAUAUAGACAAGUAUUUAUCCUAUUUUAAUAUAUAGUAUACAUAUAUAAAUAUAUAUAAAUAUUUUCGCUCCCUGUUGCACGCUAGGCAUUUUAAAGAUAUUGGAACAUAAGAUGUAAGACUAGGGCAUAUGACUAUAACUGCGUUUUUUUGCUCUAUGAAAGCACAGUGUGAACUCUUAUCGGUUCGAGUAAACGUUGCAAGGUGGCCUUCCGUAGAAAUCUUGCUACUUUAAGACGAAGCAAUUCAUUACAAAUUGCUUAUACAAAAGUACCUCAUACUUGUUCUCGUGCCAUCCUUGGCUGCGAUGUUUUUCAGUAAUCAACUGAUCUGUGAACAAAAAUUGGAUACUCCAUCUGUUUUACAUAGAUUGCGCCAAUCGCGCGGUCGAGCACUAGAAGCCCCAUUUGCGCAUAUUCUCUAACAAAUCACAGUAGGUAAUUCUGCAACAGAUUGCGAGUUCGGAGUUCAGGGCAGAAUCAACACGCUUAAUUGGGGAGGAGUUAAUAUUCUUGUAUUUGUCUUGUGUCUGAAUUCAUUGUAUAUUCACAUAUGGAGAUAUCCAUAUUUACACCUCUCCCUUCUCCCCCCAAAGUAUCGUGCUAUUUUUCGGUCCUGUUUGAGUUUGGUUUUUUAAACGAAUGGGAUGAUACGUAUGAUAUGUAAUGUGGCAUUUAAAAGUUUAAAAACUCGUUGGAAGAUAUUAUAGAAAGUAUUAUUCCGCGCGUUGAAAACGAGGCUAACGACAUGUUAGGAAUUUGACGGAUUGAAAUAUUCUCAUAAUCAAUAGAAUUCUUUGUCGAGUUGUAAUAUUCCGUCGUAAGUUAUAACAAUGCGCUGCGCUACCUCUUUUGAAGGUGGUCAAAAUCCCAACUUUUUUCCAUAUUCAGAGUUAUUAGUCGGGAUUUUUUUUAAUUUGUAGGCUCCAUGUUAUGUGUAAAUACUUCAUAUAUUUCGUAUAGUUUAGUACUCUGGAUGGUACAUGCGGUCACUCAUAGUACAUAUCAGUUUCCUAAAAAUAGGACAUAAUGAAAUACACCGAUUUUAAUCCCUAUAUAAGUCCCUACAAAAUUUAGUAUACGGUACCCUCGCCUCCAAUAACUUUUGUCCCAAGUUCAGUCUCUACGUGUACUGUGAUUGAUUGCAUGCGGCCUUUGCUAUAUUUUACGUUUUGCGGGGGCGUAGAAAUGUGUAGAUUUUAAAUAUGUACCCGAAAGCUUCACGUUUUAAAUAGUGUAGAAAUAUAUUGUCUAUAGUAGAUAAAAAUAUGAUAUUAUAAACUAGGUUAAAUAGAUAUUAAAUACUAUAUGCAAGUGG